AUGAAAACAGAAUUUCUCGUAACCUUAUCAACAGAUUUUUCACAACUUCUCGUUCAAGCUGACGAUUAUGACGUGUCUCUUAGAAUUGGUGAAGAGCCACAUACAAAAAUAUUUAAUGCACAUUCCGUAAUUCUGCGUGCUAGAUGUUCUUACUUUAAAGCUGCACUUUCAAGCGAAUGGACAAAAAAGAAUGGUGAAAUGUUUGUUUUUAAAAAGCCAAAUCUUUCUCAUGAUAUUUUCGAUGUGAUUUUAAAUGGAAGAACUUCAUUAGAACAGCUUAAAGCUUCCAAGAUUUUGGAUCUUAUCAUUGCAUCAGAUGAAUUACUUAUUAAUGAAUUAUUUGAACAUGCUCAAGAAUUUUUAAUAAAUAAACAUUCAAAUUGGGUUCUAUCUAAUAUUUCUUUAGUACUUCAAACAAUAGUUAGCCAUUCCUCUUGUCAACAAUUGCAGUCUUAUUGUAUUAAUGCAAUUGUUAAAAAUCCCAACUUGUUAUUUGAUUCAGAAGAAUUUAUAAACAUUGAAGAAGAUAUGCUUAUGGAUAUUUUACAAAGAGAUGAUUUUAAUAGGAUGCGUGAGAUUGAUGUUUGGAGUUUUGUUUUGAAUUGGGGUAUUGUAAAUACUAUGGAAUUAGGAGUUGAAAAUGGUACUAGUAAGGCUGAUGAUAUUGAAAAAUGGAAUGAAUACGAAUUUAAGGCAUUAUCAAAAACUAUUGAAAAAUUAAUUUAUCACAUUCGAUUUUCUGAUAUUUCACUGAGUGAUUUUAACUCUAAAAUUAAACCUUAUUCACAAAUUUUUCCAUCUUCACUUUGGAAUGAUUUGCAAAUUUAUUUUAAUUCUAGGGAUUAUACAAUAUCAUCAUCACUUCUUCCACCAAGACGUCGUAUAAGUUCUGAAAUUCUUUCCAAUGAGCAUGUAUCGAUAUUGGCGAAUUGGAUUGAGAGAGCGAACAUUGAACAAACUUCUACACAUACUAUACCUUUAUCGACGAUAGCUACCUCCCCAUAUGUAUUUCCGUAUACUUUUCGGUUAUUAUAUAGAGCAACGAGGGAAGGGUUUGAUUUAGAACAUUUGCAUAAACGAAUAGGUUCCCAACCAGGUAUAAUUGUUGUGGCAAAAGUUUCUAGGGGGAACGGCGAAAUUGUCGGUGGGUACAAUCCAGCUGGAUGGGAUAAAAGUGGUAGUGUAGACCCAGAAACAAAAAAGAGUUUUAUAUUUAGUUUCAAGAACGGAAAUCUUAUGAACUCCAAUAAUAUGAACAACAUUAGUAACAGCGCUAAUGAUACUAUUUCGACAAACAAUUUGAUUAACAAUCAGAUACAAUCAAAGCCCACGAUAAUAUCUAAAAUAAGCCGUAUUAAUCCAACAAUGGUGGAUAAAGUAGUAUUUGAUUCUCGAGUUAGUCAUAUAUGUUUUGGUGGAAGUGAUCUGAGGAUAGGUGGUAUUUUAAAUCCUAAAA